AUGCAGAUCCUGGUGGCCAAGCUGCUCGGCCUGCUGGGACUGUUUGGCCUCAUGCUGGCCGGCGUCCUGGUCCCAGUUCGUCUCCUGCUGGCCGACAAUGCGAAGGCGAACCGGUACAGGCGGGCGCUGGCUCUGUGCAACUCCUUCGGAGGAGGCGUGUUCCUCGCUACGUGCUUCAACGCUCUGCUGCCUGCAGUCAGAGACAAGGUGGGCGACGUGUUCCGGCAGCUGCAGCUCAGCGGGGAUUAUCCUCUGGCGGAGACGAUGAUGAUGGUGGGGUUCUUCCUCACAGUCUUCGUGGAGCAGGCCAUCCUCACCUUCAGGAAAGAGAAACCGUCCUUCAUCGACCUGGAGACGUUCAACGCCGGCGGCUCGGAGGCCGGUAGCGACUCAGAGUACGACACUCCCUUCAUCUCGGACGGAGAUGCAGGCCACGCCCACGGGCACCGUCACGGACACUUUGCUCCGGCCGAGCUGGCGGGGGCGGGGCCUCUGCGGCUGGCGGGUCUGGUUCUGGCUCUGUCGGCUCACUCCGUGUUCGAGGGGCUGGCGCUCGGCCUGCAGGUGGACGGCGCCAAGCUGAGCGGCCUCUUCCUGGGCGUGGCCGUGCACGAGACCCUGGCUGCCGUCGCCCUCGGCGUCAGCAUGGCCAAGGCGUCGCUCGGCAUGAGGGACGCCGCCAAGCUGGGCGUCACGGUCAGCCUGAUGAUCCCGCUGGGCGCUCUGGUGGGGAUGGGCAUCGAGUCGGCGCAGACGCUGGCGGGCGGCGUGGUGUCGGUGCUGCUGCAGGGCAUGGCCGCCGGAACCUUCCUGUUCAUCACCUUCUUCGAGAUUCUGUCCCGAGAGCUGGAGGACAAACGGGACCGGCUCCUCAAAGUGCUCUUCCUCAUCCUGGGCUACGCCGUGCUCGCUGUGCUGGUCUUUAUCAAGUGGUGACAGACAGGAAGUGGACCGGGCCUCAGAACUUCUUCAGAUCCAGUUCGAAGCCAUUUCUGAAAUGGUUUUAUUCUGAAUUCCAUUGUGGUUUAUUUGGAUGAUAAUUUAUUUUAGUUUCGUCUCGUCAGGAUUCAAACGGAGUUUUAACAUUUUUAUGAAGCGGCUCAGCGUCCUCCGGUUCCUCCAGUUCCUCCGGUUCCUCCGGUUCUGGACAGGAUCUCAGAAGGACUUCUGGGUUCAGAGCAGCAGGAGUUUCUGUGUUUUUCUGUUCUGGACGUUAAACUUUGAGCUUCUUCUGUAAAUAAACUUCCUGUUUCUGCUUCUUGUGCUGAAGUUGUCCGGAGCUUCAGGGUCCCAUCGUCCAGGUUUAAACCAUCAGAUGUUUUAUUCUGCACAGCAAGAACUUCUUUAGUUCCAAACCCAAACAGAACUCCAAAUCUAACGUGAGAUCCGUGGCUCUAUAAAAAAAAAAAGUUUGUAUUUUAUAUUUCUGAGGUUCUUUUCAUCUCAGAUGUUCUGGAGAAAUGAAAAACGCACA